AGUUGGGAGAUACCUCGCUAGCAGUGGACGCCAUUGACCUCGAUCCAUCGCCUCAUGUGCGCACACUACGCCUAUAUACAGUCGCACCACACACAGCUACCUCCACCACCCAACCCCCCAAACACCUAGCUCACUGCAUCUUCUUCCUCCUCCUCCUGAUCAAAUUAAUCAUCGUCUCCUCCAUUGCAUUCUUGCAUCCAUCCAUCUAGCUAGUUAGUGUUGUUCUUGUUCGUGUUCUUGUUCUUGAUGUGCAUUGAUCUUUCUUCUCUAUUGAUCUAAUUGUUCUUAGAUUGAGAGUGAAGUUGUGAGAGAGCUGGACACCAUUUCUCUCAUCAAUAUCCCUUAGCCAAACCUUGAGAAAAGCCUGUGAAGCAUGUAAGAACACACCAGUUUGUUCCAUCCAAACCCAACCCAAAAAAGCACCAAAAAAAAGGUCAUCAGUUCCAAGUCCCAAAAGCAUUGUUCUUUCAUAACUAGGCAUCUCGGUUAAUUAGGGUGGAUAUUCCUCCACUAAUCCCUUAGCGAAAAAUCUACAAAAACCACUAGAUCAUGUAAUUUUCGGCGAAAUCAUUCCACCCCCAGCUGAAGAAAAAAAAACAAAAAAAAUAUAGGCCAAGAGAAUCAUAUUCCAGCAUGCAUCGUUAGCUAGUAGCCAUCAUCUCAGUCGCAGUCCGGUAGUAAUACUGGACACAAUCCUCCCAUUGCUGUAGCAUUUACCUCUGCAAAAGCCAUCAAAUCAUGUAAUUAGUAGCUAAAAACCCAUCCUAUUUCUACCUCAUCAUUCGCCUGAAAAGAGAAAAAAACAAGAACAAAAAAAAAAAGAAGUUGCAAGAAGAGGAGAGCAAGAAAGAGUUGAUAUAUUAAUGGAGAUGGCGGCGCCGAACGGGGGCGGCGCGGCGGGGAUGUCGUCGCCGGUGAACGGGGCGUCGGCGCCGGCGACGCCGGGGACGCCGGCGCCGCUGUUCGCGGGGCCGCGGGUGGACUCGCUGUCGUACGAGCGCAAGUCGAUGCCGCGGUGCAAGUGCCUGCCGGCGGCGGUGGCGGAGGCGUGGGCGCCGUCGGCGCACGGCUGCGUCGUGGAGAUCCCGGCGCCGGACGUCUCGCUCACCCGCAAGCUUGGAGCGGAGUUCGUGGGGACGUUCAUCCUCAUCUUCUUCGCGACGGCGGCGCCGAUCGUGAACCAGAAGUACGGCGGCGCGAUCUCGCCGUUCGGGAACGCGGCGUGCGCGGGGCUCGCCGUGACGACCAUCAUCCUGUCGACGGGGCACAUCUCCGGCGCCCACCUCAACCCGUCGCUCACCAUCGCCUUCGCCGCGCUCCGCCACUUCCCGUGGCUGCAGGUCCCGGCGUACGUCGCCGUCCAGGUGCUCGGCUCCAUCUGCGCCGGCUUCGCCCUCAAGGGCGUCUUCCACCCCUUCCUCUCCGGCGGCGUCACCGUCCCCGACCCCACCAUCUCCACCGCCCAGGCCUUCUUCACCGAGUUCAUCAUCACCUUCAACCUCCUCUUCGUCGUCACCGCCGUCGCCACCGACACCCGCGCCGUCGGCGAGCUCGCCGGCAUCGCCGUCGGCGCCGCCGUCACCCUCAACAUCCUCAUCGCCGGGCCGACGACAGGAGGGUCGAUGAACCCGGUGAGGACGCUGGGGCCGGCGGUGGCGGCGGGCAACUACCGGCAGCUGUGGAUAUACCUGAUCGCGCCGACGCUGGGCGCGGUCGCCGGCGCCGGCGUGUACACGGCGGUGAAGCUCCGCGACGAGAACGGCGAGACCCCGCGCCCCCAGCGCAGCUUCCGCCGCUGAUCCAAAUCAUAUCCAAAUCCAUAUCCAUAAAAACAAAUUAUUAUACACGACGUAGUUAACCUGAACAAAUUAUAUGGCUUCCAAUUAAAAAAAAAUCAGUCGUGUCAUCCUUGGGCCUUGUUCCACAUGGGCCGAACACCAAGAGAAAUCCGCGUGAAUAUGGGCCGUGAUUUUGGUUGAAAAUUUUCGGUCCAUUCACGUAGAUGGGCCGGGUUUGAGGCCUUUUCAAAUGAGACCUUGGGGGCGUGUAAUAAACCCCGUUUUGCUUCGUCCAGAACGGCAGAGUAUAAUAGUUCGAGUUGUGUGUGAUGUGUCAGAACUCAGAAUAAAAAUGCACGCCGAUGCACCGGGGUGAUGGGCAUCUUGCUGUGCGAAUGGUGUAAGGUUUUAUUUAAUUUCCUAUUUGACAAAUUGUGUAAUUUUCCCUGUUCCGACAUUGAUAAUUGAGAAAAAUUGUCCCAAAAACUGCGUAGCCAACUGUCAGUGAGACGUUAACAAAA